AUGAGGCAACUGACCGAAACAACCCCAGAAACUGCCUUUUAUCUCGACUUAUACGGCGAGUCUGACUACGGACCGGGCGCAUAUAUGCGUAACCUGCCCAAUGCACUCUACGUCUCCUCCAUCUAUGCACCAGUCGAAGUCAAGAACAGAACAACCGAUUUAUGGGGAGGUAUCAAGAUCCCUUCUCUCGAGUCUCUGAAGUUUGAUCACAAGGAUGACGACUGGGCAGUCGUUGGAAACGUCUCGACUUAUGCCUCUCUACUUGGAAUUCCAGUAAACUCGACGGCACUCAAAACAGCAGCAAAAUAUGCUUUUACGCUCAAUGCGACCGCCUUUAACACUCAGUGUGGGGAACCCGAGCUUUUCAAUAUAGACCCCGAUGAUAGGAAAGAGCAGCUCGAUUCGGCCAUGUUUGCCCUCAAAACUCCAUUCGUUGAUGCAACAAAUGAGCGCAAUAUCUCUUUGGUUACAUACCUCAGGGCAGCGCGCGUACGUGUGAUGCAUAACUGCACGAUCACUCCCAACUUCCUUCUUGCCAAGGUCGAGUGUGAUUCUGGCCAUUGCAGGGUAUCUCGAAUCAAGAAGCUUGCCGAUCAGGACGGUCAACAAACGCGUGCCAUGCUCAACCGAAAGACGUGGUACAAGAUAGCAAGAGAACUACCCAAGAGUACCGACGACCAAUUCAACGGAUAUGGUUCUCAAACGGAGCGCUAUCUCUAUGACCCACAAGCGUUAUACCCAAACAACCACGACGUAGAUCUUCGCAAUGUUUCCGUUGCAGAUCUCAGCAGCAGGUUCACUACUAUCAUCAAUACAUACUACCACGCCACGAUCUCCCCUUCCCUCAGAUUGAAUUCUCUCGUACCCAGCGAACUCUAUUUCUCACCCCACAAUCCACCCAAGACCGCAGAGGCCAUAGUCCAUACCCUAUCCCCCAAGACAUAUAACCGCCGGUGGGAGUGGGUGCUUUCCGCCUUUGUCGCUUCCCUUGCCUUGCUCGGGGUCACCAUCACUGGCAUAGUAUAUGAUAGACGAGUGAGACAAUCCAUACUUUCCUUUGCCACCGACAGGCUGUACAUUGGAGGGUACCGACCGAGCAGUGCUACUCAAAGAUGUGGUUGUAAGGUUUGA